UUUGUUGUUUUUCUUUAUUUUAUAACUACUUUCAUUUAGGCCUCAAAGGGUUUGGCCGUGGAACUCCGCCUCGAUGGCUACCGCCGCACCUCCACCGUCGAAGCGCCGUCGGCAGGACCAGCACGAUAAGGCAAUCAGCGAGACCUCCGCAACGAAGGGGAACACGCCUCUGGUGGUCUUCGCACAUGGCGCCGGAGCCCCGUCCACUUCCGAGUGGAUGCUCAGAUGGAAGAAAAAGAUUGAGGAAGAAUUGAAUGCCAUUGUUGUCACUUUUGACUAUCCCUAUAUAUCUGGUGGAAAACGCAAGGCUCCUCCCAAAGCAGAAAAGUUAGUCGAUCAUCACUUGGAUGUUGUAAAAGAUGCAGUUAGCAAACAUCCUGGGCAUCCUCUUGUUUUGGUAGGAAAGUCCAUGGGAUCAAGAGUGAGCUGCAUGGUGACUACAAAAGAAGAUAUCCCUGUCGCAGCAAUUGUUUGCUUGGGCUAUCCUCUAAAGGGAAUCAAUGGAGCAAUCCGUGAUGAGACUUUGUUGCAGCUAGAAACUCCAACUAUGUUCGUGCAGGGAAGCAAGGAUGGUUUAUGCCCACUGGAUAAGCUGGAAAACACUCGAAAGAAAAUGAAGUGUCCCAGUGUGCUGCAUGUAAUUGAUGGAGGUGAUCAUUCGUUCAAAAUUGGAAAGAAGCAACAACAGUCAACUGGGGUGGGUCAAGAUGAAGCUGAACAAGGAGCUAUGAAAGCAAUGGCUGAAUUUGUCAGCAAGUCUAUCCCCGAAGAAGAGGGACGUGUAUGAGACACUUUUAAAUCUAAUGGCUGUUAGCACUAGUAAUCCUCCUUUUAAAUUUAAUGUAGUUAUCAUCUGCCCGUUUUCAGUUUGGUGCAACAUUUAUGUAACUUAUGCAUGGUGGAUAUUUUGAAGUACUCUAUGCAUGACAUAUGCUACUGAUAAACGUCUCAAAUGCUUGGCUUGGUGAUCAUGCAGAUCCUCGAAGCUUAUCAAUGGUCACUCUCUCCAUUCUUUGCAUCGCGAUCACUCUGACAGCGUUCAUCAAUCCCCUAGCGAAGAACGGAACACUACCGGAUAAGCACAGCCAAAUCCAAGCAUGCCAAGCCCAAGGAAACAGGAUAAGCAAAAGUAGGUUUGUGACCGCUGAUAAACAACUUAUUACCAUUAAAUGGAUUGAAUAAAACACGCCAUGAUCGUUGAGAUGUAAUACUGUGGUUUUGAGAUUCAAGUAUGAUUUAAAAGGUUAGAGGGUACUAUUUAUAUCA